GCCCGGGGCAGGACUCGGGGCGAAAGGAGAGGGACAGGUCCGGGGCAGGGCUCGGGGCGAAAGGAGAGGGACAGGCCCGGGGCAGGGCUCGGGGCGAAAGGAGAGGGACAGGCCCGGGCUCGGGGGCGCCCAGGCUUGAGCUCCAACAUGAACCGCCAGGAGCAGGAUGACCCGUAUCUGGUGGAGGAGCCGAGUGACCAAGAGGAUCUGAGUUCCAGCUCUGAGGAUGAGUUGGACGUUCUCCUCCAUGGCACGCCUGAACGCAAGCGUAAACUGAUCAAGGAGUACUUAACAGGAGAGAGUGAGUCCAGCGAAGAUGAAUUUGAGAAAGAGAUGGCAGCAGAACUGGAUUCCACCAUGAAAAUUAUUGAGAAGGGUUGGGAAUUAUCAGCUGAAGGUGCUUCCUCGAGCAUCGGAAGUUGUUACUCUGGAGCUAUUCCUGGACCACAGUACUACGAUGAAGUCUACUUCGACUCAGACUCUGAGGCUGAAGAUGAACAGAAAGGAUGUGAUUCAAAGAAGAAACGCAAGAGGCACAAGAUUCUGACAAACGAUGAGCUGUUGUAUGAUCCGGAUCAAGAUGACCGUGAUCAGGCCUGGGUUGACAUGCAGAGGAGAGGGUAUCGUGGGCUUUAUAACCAGUCCAAAGCCACACCAGUUCCAACCAGUGAUGCUGUUCUAAACUGUCCGGCAUGUAUGACAACCCUGUGCCUGGAUUGUCAGCGGCAUGAAUUGUAUAAAGAGCAAUAUAGGGCUAUGUUUGUGAUGAAUUGCAUUAUUAACAGAGGAGAAGUUCUCAGAUACAAGGAAGCAGGAAACCGGAAGAGAAGGAACAAAUACAAAAGAGUAAAAGGACCAACAGCAGAGAUCUUGCCUGGCUUACCACAGGAUGGCAAGGAAGAGGUGUACCAUCCAGUGCGCUGUGCAGAGUGUUCAGUGGAAGUGGCAGUGUUUGACAAAGAUGAAGUGUAUCAUUUCUUUAAUGUUCUUGCCAGCCACUGUUAGAAAAUCAAAUCAAAUUUUAAAAACAUUUAAGAACAGCUGUCUGCUCCUUUUGUGAAAUAGAGGAAUGAAUGAAAGUAAGUAGAGGGUUCAGCUGAUCCUGUUAGAGGAUCCUAACUAACAGCCGGAACUAUCAUAGACAAUGGGAAAUCCCAUUUGUGACUACUGCUGUUCAUGUUAGGAUAUUCAGUCUCACAUUUCCCUUCCUGGAACCUGAUAUUAACUCCAUUAGCAAAUUGCUUUGCUGCUUGGACUUUGUGCUUAAAUAACUUGUUCAAAUGUGCUCCACCUAGCCCAUCUUAACAAACUGUAUCCUUUGCAUUAAAGUAACCCAUUUCAUGGUUUAAGUCUGAAAA